GUGCGUUAUCUUCCGUAAGUGUAUUUUCUUCGGUUGGUGUGGGGUUACCUUCAGUAUUACUACACGAGGGGUUUAGUUUAAGCGAGCGUUGCGUUCAGGGACGACCAGGUCAGGUCUACAUAGCUUAUACGCAGAGCAUUACCCUUUGCCCGGUGCAGUACAGAUACUAAGGCGCAGCGCAAGCGGAAUUAAAAGCCUAUUUUGGUAAAAGUCAAGCACUACUAAAAAACUAUGCCAAACAGGGAAAAUUAUGCGAAUGGCGCCAGUGGUAGUGGCAGUGAUGAAUCAGCAGCGUCUGCAGAAUAUGUAUGCCGUGACUAUCUGCGCAAUGUAUGCAAGCGAGGCAAGCGCUGCCGCUUUAAGCAUCCAGACUCUGGUGAGGUAUCUGACCUUGGGGUGCAGAAGAAUGAGUUUGUCUUUUGCCAUGAUUUUCAAAACAAGGAGUGUGUGCGGAUCAACUGUCGCUUCAUUCAUGGUACCAAAGAAGAUGAGGAGCAUUAUAAGAAAACUGGGGAGCUUCCUCCCCGCUUGCGGCAGAAAGUAGCUGUUGGUCUUGGGCUGUCUCCUACUGAUUUGUCAAAUAAAGAUGAAGUUCCAAUUUGUCGUGAUUUCUUAAAAGGUGAUUGCCAACGUGGGGAUAGAUGUAAGUUCCGCCACUUACAACGUGAGUAUGAUUACCCCCAGUAUGAAUAUCCAACUGAUAUGCGUGGAGGUCUGCUGAGUGCAGGUUUUGCUUCUGGAAGUUUGGUUCCAGCUUCAGCUCGUCCUUUUGAGUCUUUUGGGCCUUAUGACAACCCUCCAGAUGCAAGUUAUUAUUCUUCUCCUUAUGGCCGCUUUGGUGAACGAUAUGGAGAGCGUUAUGGAGAUCGCUUUGCUGAGCGAUUUGAUGAUCCUGUGAUGAAGAAACGUCGUGUGGGAUAUGAGGGUUUUUACACUGCAUCCCCUGUAGAGUACCGUCUUCUUGAGGAGGAAAACGUCAUGCUUCGGAGACGUGUUGAGGAUCUGAAGAAGCAAUUGUCUGUUUUGGCUGCAACCAAUGAAGUCCUACUUGACCAGAAUGCUCAAUUUCGCAGUCAGGCCAAAGUGGUUACACUUAGCACACUGAGCACUACAGCCCCAACUAGUGAGCAGGCUGUGGGGGCAGUAAAUAAUUAUAAUCAUGGUAUUGCUCAGACCCACACCACACUAAGUAGCCAAGCAUUGCAGUCUCGAGCAGUUACACAGCAGGAGCUGGUAGCUUCAUCUGGUGCACCUUCUGCGGCUCAGACCAAUGCCGCACCUCAGCUAAACCCAGAAAUUACCCCGCUAUCAGCUGCGCUUGCGCAAACAAUUGCUCAAGGCAUGGCUCCUCCCCCUGUCUCCAUGGCACCCGUUGCAGUCUCUGUGGCCCCAGUUGCUGUUUCUAUGGCUCAGCCCCUCCCUGGUAUUACUAUGAGUCAUGCCACCACACCCAUGGUUACCUAUCCUAUUGCCUCUCAGAGCAUGCGCAUAACAGCCAUGCCUCACUGAUUGUCAUAUAAAUGUUUCACUGUUUCUCUAAAGCUUUUUGUUUGUUUAUUUUUCUAGUUUCUGGCCUUUAGUAAAAGGGUUCCAGGAUUCUUGUUUAAUCUGGUGAAUGUCUGUGUUUUUGUGCAGUACAUAACAUACUAACAUAGGAGAGAGUUAAAUAUUUGAGUGACUUGCUUGCAUAUAUCAAGAAUUUAGAUAUUGACAGGGACUAGGUUUUGUUUUUUUUGUAUUUUAAUUUUGGCCUAUUACUUUUGUCAUUAAUUUGAAUGCAUACUUUAGGCAAUUUUAAUUCAGUGUGUUCUAGAAUGAAAAUCAGCACGAUACUGAAAUUGAUAUAACCUUACAAAAAUCUUGAAAAUGCUUUUAUUUUUUUCACCUUUAUGCUUUCUGCUUAUUUUGUAUUUGGAAGUACAAACUUUUGUAAUGCAUUUCAUAUUCCCAUUAUUUCCUGUAAACAUUCAUUGACAAGGCAGUUUAUUUGAUAAACAUCUGUUGAGUGUUCAUCUCUUGUCAUUAAGGGUUGCAAAUUGUGUGGACUCUUUAAAGGGCAGCUUACAAGCCAGGAUUUAAAUUGGAGUUAAGAUGUCCUCUAUUGAGUACUCUAUGCCAAAUAUAGUACAAAUCACACAAUGUUUGAUGCAAAUAGUUUACUUUGUAUUAUAAAUUACCUUUUUUCUAAUUUAACAAGUUAUUUUGCUGUGAAGGCAAAUCAACAGCUGCUUAGAUAUUUUAUCAGCAACCUUGUCUUCUACUAAUUUUUAUUUGGUGUUUAAAAGUUCUUUAUAAAAUAUCAUAAAACUGUCUUAGCUUUCACAGUCCCCUUUGUGUAUAUAAGCUGUGUGAGGUUAAGGUUACAAUAGACCAAUAGUUUAACACGAGUGACUAGUGGUCUGCAACUUUUUACAUUUUUCUUCAUUGCUAAAUAGCCUGAAGUGACUGAGUGUCAUUCUGUAAACUAUUUGUCUCUUGCAUGAUAAAAGUACCAUAGUAUCACAUUCCCCCGCACCCUCUUUCCAUAUCCUGUUUAAAUUUGAACCAAUUAUUUUUUAAUUAUUGAAUGUGUAAAGUGUUAGAUCUCAAUCAAAAUGUAAAAUGUAUUUCCUGUUAUAAAUGAUUUAACACAA